GUACUUCUCGGUCGUCUCUGACUUGAAGCGGAGGGAUGAAAAAUGGCCAUCGUCAGUCUCGGUGAACUAUCGGUGGCUUUUUUAUUAAACUGUCCUUUUUAUUAACUAAAAAUCAGAGUUUAAAAUGCUCCGUCGUAGCGGCGCGUGCUAAACCCGGAGCUAACGGUCGGCACGCGGCUGAUCCCCGGCCGGCGGAGAGGCUCUGUGUCCGGGAGAGCAGCAGAUGGAUCCUCGGUGUGUUCGGGUAAAAGGCGGAAGACUGCGCAUCAACACCCCGAACCAGGGGAUGAUACGAAGCUACAGCCGCUAGCAAGCUAACUAUUUGUUUCAGGAUGCGGGUGAUCACCAGGGAUUGAGACGUAGAGGGGAAACAUUUCGACUGACGACGUCCAUCUUUAUGGCGCCCAACCAGGAGAACUUGAACUGAGAACGUGUUUUAGUACUCGGCUUGUCGCAGCGCUCAGCAGACCUCAGAAUGGCGAGCAGGAGGAAGUCCACCAUCCCCUGCAUGGUUCCGCCGAGACAAGCCGUCGACUCGGAUCAGGAGAUGGAGGACGUCACGGAGGAAGUGGAACCUGAGGAUAGUAACGGCGUGACGACCGUCUCCUCAGAUGUCUCCGGUUUGUCGGAGGAGCGGGGCGAUGACGCGGACGUCAGGUCGGUGUCUGACCACUACCAUGAAUCCAACAUGGCCGAAGGAGGCUACGAGUGUAAAUACUGCAGCUUCCAGACGUCAGAGCUGAACCUGUUCACCAUGCACGUGGACACGGAGCAUCCUGACGUGGUCACCAAUACGUCCUACGUCUGCAUGGAGUGUGACUACCACACCAAGAGUUACGACACUCUGCUGGCCCACAAUGCUCGGCUCCACCCGGGCGAGGACAACUUUACGAGGACGAUGGUGAAGCGAAACAACGAGACCGUCUUCCAGCAGACCGUCAACGACCUCACCUUCGACGGCAGCUUUGUCAAAGUGGAAGACGACGAGGAGACGUCCCGCAGAGGCAUCGCCCUCAGCAAGACGCCCAUCAUGAGGAUCAAGAGCCGCAUGGAACCGAAAAAGUUUGCCGCCGCCGCACACAAAAUGACCGUCGGCGAUGUCAUCAAAGUGGAGAGCGACGACGAUGACGAGAACAAGGAGCCGCCCACUCUGUCUCCUGCCCCGAUGACCGCCACCGCUGCCCCACGCCUCCUCUCCACGCCUCUGCAAGUCCAAGCCAUUCCGCAGAGCAUCGUGGUCAACAGCUCAAAUAUGCUGCAGAUAAAAGGCGGGUCAGGCGGCGGCGCCGUGCUGCCUCCUGGGACGCUUGCUCAGGUUCUGUCGGCUCUGCAAUGUCAGCAGAACUGCACGCAAACGCAGACGCAGCUCCUCAUCCCCAUCAGCAGCAUCCCCACCUACAACACGGCCAUGGACAGCAACGUCCUGCUGGUCAGCGCUUACAACAGGUUUCCGUACCCCUCUGUCUCAGAGAUCAUGGGUUUGUCGUCUCAGACCAAGUUCAGCGAGGAGCAGAUCAAAGUUUGGUUUUCUGCUCAGAGGCUGAAACACGGAGUCAGCUGGACGCCGGAGGAGGUGGAAGAGGCGAGGAGGAAGAAGUUUAACGGCACAGUGCAGACUGUCCCUCAGACCAUCACCGUCAUCCCCGCCAACAUCGCCGCAGCAACAAACGGCCUCCAGUCCAUCUUCCAGACGUGUCAGAUCGUGGGCCAGCCGGGGCUCGUCCUCACUCAGGUGACCGGGAACGGCGGCACGAUGCCCGUCGCAUCCCCCAUCACGCUGACAGUCGCAGGCGUCCCUGGCAACCAGCCAAAAGCCGCAGAGCCGACGGCGUCAGAAUCAAAGACAGAGCUGUCGGCCUCGUCCAUGAGCACGCCGCUCAGUUUGGAUUCAACAGCAAGCAAACCGAAGAAAUCCAAGGAGCAGCUGGCCGAGCUGAAGGCGAGCUACGGCAGGAGGCAGUUUGCCACCGAGGCGGAGAUAUCGCGGCUCAUGCAGGUCACACAGCUCUCCAAACGAGCGAUAAAGAAGUGGUUCAGUGACACUCGCUACAACCAGAGGAACUCCAGGGACCACCACGGAGUCCUGCUGAGCGAAUCCUCGCCCGUAAAAGGGGGAGCGCCACCUUCAGGAGGGCGAGGAGGAAGGAACAACAGCGGCAGCCUGAACGACAGCGUCAGCAGCGACAACAACAACACCCCCACCACCAUCGUCAUCGACUCCAGUGACGACGCCAGCGACUCCUCCCCCACUUCUGCCAACGCUCCGGGGUCGUCCAGCUCCACCAGCGACCCAAGGGUCAAAUUCCGCCACGCCUUCCCCGACUUCACGCCACAGAAGUUCAAAGAAAAGACUCAGGAGCAGCUGCUGGUCCUCGAGGCCAGCUACCAGAAAUCAGACACGCCGUCAGACGAGGAGCUGAGCCGGCUGCGAGCGGAAACGAAGCUGACGCGACGAGAGGUGGACGCCUGGUUCACCGAGAGGCGGAAAAUGCCUUUCUGUUUUUGGUUAAAGGACGAAGAUGGCGAGGGGGGAAGCGAGAAGGUGAAACCAGCCGGCGCGCCUUCGUCCUCGGCUCUGGAUCGUCAGACCACUCCACCCGCCGGGAGGAAGGCGGUGAAGAAGAGGCCGGAGCAGCUCCACAUCCUGAAGAAGGCGUUUGUCCGCACACAGUGGCCAACGGGGGAGGAGUACGACCAGAUGGCGGAGGAGAGCGGGCUGCCGAGGACAGACAUCGUGAACUGGUUUGGAGACACCCGCUACGCCUGCAAGAACAGCAACCUGAAGUGGUACUACCUCUACCAGAGCGGGAAGGUGGACGAGGCGCUGAACGGCGGGGCAAAGAUCCAGAAGAAGUCCAGGAAGCGUUUCCGUGGUUGGUCCAGGAGGUCACGUCGGCCAUAUCCCUGCAAACGAUCUCCACAAGGGGACGCCAUCGCCAUCAAGGUGAAGUCCGGUAAGGCGUUUCUGAAGGAGUACUACCUCAAACACCGAGCACUGAGCGAGAGAGAUCUGGACGACCUGGUCACAAAGUCCAGCAUGAGCUACGAGCAGGUGAGGGACUGGUUCUCCGAGACCGCCAGGAGGGUGGAGGAGGGGAAGGAGCCCUUCAGCGACGAGGAGGCGGAGGGGGAGGGGGAAGAAGAGGAGGAGGAGGAAGAAGAAGAAGAGGAGGAGGAGGAGGAGGAGGAGGGGACUGUAGCAGAAGCAUCAGCAGCAGAGCACGCAGACAGCGAAGGAGAGAUGAAGGUGAAAGAACAAGGAGAGGACGCCACAGAUGAAGACGCCAUCGAGGAGGAAGAAAAAGAGGAGGAGGAGGAGGAGAGAGUCGAAGAGGAGAAUGAGGAGGGAACCAUCCAGGACAAGUCUGAAGGUGUCAGCCAAUCACAGCCUGAGGCAGAGGAGCAGACAUGAGCAGACAGCUUCGACGUUGCUCACCCCGCCUUGGAGACGACACACAGGAAGAGAUCAGUCUUUCUCAGCUGGUGGCUCAGGACCCAAAGAUGGCCGCAGGAUGCUCAGACAGGGUCACAGCUCAAAAGAUGGCGUGUUACUAAAACGACAGGUUUGUGCCUUCAAGAUGAACUUUGGGUCCCGAUCAGCUGAGAAACACUGAGUCGAUAUAACGGACAAAAAGCUGCAGGAAGUUUGUUUUUCUGUGGGGACCAACUAGCGUGCAGGACGACGACGCCAACACCAGAGUGAGUUCCAGCUCGGCUGCUGCACAAACAACGAGGCUUUCUUAUAAACAAUAUUUUAAACUUUGUAUAAAGCAUCCAAAACAUUUCUAAGAGGUGAGACGCCGCAUGGACUCCUCAUGAAAUCAAAACGUUUUUCUCAAGGGAACGUCCUCGCCCCGAACCCGACGAUAAAAACAUUUUACUGUUCGGAGGUUUUUAAAUCCCAAAUGUUUCCUGUUUUUUUGUGAAUAGAAGAACUCAGACUAGUGCCAUUCUGUUUAUAAGACUGUUAAAUAAAAAAAAGAAAACCAUGCUGGUUGAAUUCCACGUCACGUUUGGAACCUUUUUGUAUUUUUUCCAAGUGAUUUGUUUAAAAAUCUGAACACCGUGUGGCGUAACGGGGACUGAAUCCAUUUUACUGUUCUGAAUAUUUUGUCAUAGUUACUUAAAAUGUGGCAAUCAUUCACAAGUUAGCCAGCGUUUGGGUCCGUUCAGUUUCAGUGAAUUUACCUGAAAAGAAAAACAGACAAAGCACUUUGAGGAAAAAUCCACCGCAGUCCUUCAUUUAACCCUUUAUUCGCCUCAGUCCGACAUCACCAUUUUAUACGGGUCGAUAGCUGAUCCAUCAGUAUUUGUAACAGUUAUUACAGUUACAGAAUUUUGAUAUGAUAUAUGCUGUAGAUCUGAAGCUUUCUCAAAGCUUCGAUACUUUAUCAUCGAUCAUUAAAGGAGCAAUAUGUAACUCUGCCCCCGAGUGAUUAAAUUGGGUACUGCAUUCCAAAUUCUAAACAUUGUAGAGAGCUGUCUCUCCCCCCCUAGUGUUUAGCCAGCUCUGCAUCGGUCUGUAAACCUUUCUGCGUUCUAACCUCUCUCCAUUUUUCAAAAGCAUCUCCAAUAUUGAUCCUAGUUUGAGCACGUUUCUGCUCGUGGAGCUUAUUAGAAACAUGCGGAGGCUUUUUAGGUCGGGUACAAUCACUUCUAUCUGAACCAGUUCUCUUGCCCGCUUCCAUCGCUGCAACACCUGUUGGUUUGACCUGAUAACUGGUCUCAUAUCUGGCAAACCGAGGGGCGUCCAAAACGUCCGUCUGGGGGUGCCUUAAAACCGCCUACCUUCUCUGGUCCAAACAAAUCCAGAGCAUUCAGGACCAGAAUCUAAAGUUAGAAGGAGAACAUACUGGCUGCUGCAUUGUUGUCAGAGAAGCCAGCACUUCAACAUAGCAUGUUUCCUUAAUGUCUGAUCAUAUAGUAAGAUCACUUUAUCAUUUCACUCACUACACAUCUCACUGAUUGGUCCUUUAAAAGGAUGAAGAGAUUCUUCAGGUGGAUUUUUCCUUUAAAGUUCAGCUCGUACGGUUUUUAAAAGUCGUGAUUCAAACUUUCCAGUCGUUUAAAAAAGUUCUGCGUUAGUGUUCAAGUUUUUUUUUCAGAAUCCUCCGAGUUGAACCCAAACAAAGCGAAGACAUGUGUAUGUGCGCUCUUCUUCAGGAAACAGGCAACUUUACCUCAGUCAGUUAAGUUACAAACUCGGUAAGAUUGUGACAUUUACACUUUUUAUUUUCCACAGAGUUCGAUACUGUACGCAUGAAACGACGAGUGACGACGAUGGCGUUUCCUCUUUUUGUUUUUUAUCCUCGCCACCAAAGUUAAAGCAUCACUUUAAGAAGAAGACGUAGAUAUUAGUGCGUUUAUUUGCUCAAUACGGGUGAACUAGUAAAAAAAACUUCGUUCAGGUUUUCAACAGGACGAGAAACCACGAGCACUCGCUUCGUUUCCUCCGGGGAACUUUUUAACUUUUCAUACGUGGGCUGAAAAAUAGAAAAAAAAACGCUUUUAUAUCGCUUUCUCUGAACCGUGUCGGACCCUUUUUAGCAUAUGCAAACGUCCCAGAACAAUCUGCAGGUAGAGCGGCGUCCAAUCAGAGGCAUUCUUUUUGGGGGCUUGUUGUUGAUUUGAGCAGCGGCGUGCGAUCCUUUACGAGCUCUGCACGUUCGCAGAGUUCUCGCCUUCCUGCCGUCUUUUAAACGCUUUAACAGCCGACACUUUUUAGUAGUUAAUUUAUUUAUUAUAUCUGGACUUUCAUGGAUAUCUUCUUCUUUUUGUCUGCAAGCAAAGAAAUAAAAUAAACCUGUUUUAAAUC